AUGGAACAUAGGCUUUCUUUGAUUUAUAAAUAUUCUCUAAAGUUUCCUCCUGAGAUUCGUUUAAAGCAAAUCAAGCAAGCCAUUGUCAUGGCAAAACCCGCGUUAAAAGCUGCAAGAGAGGCUUUAAAUACAAAGGAUUACGAAGAAACUAUAACUCAAUGUGAAAAAGCUCUUUCUUUUGACCCUGAAAGUUAUAACGCUUACGUAUUUUUAGGUGUCGCAAACUUUUCAUUAAAUAAGGAACUUGAGGCGAAGAAAGCAUACCAAAAUGCAAUAGAAUUAGAUGAUAAGCCCUUGCUUGCUUGGCAAGGUUUGUGGAACUUACAGGAAAAAUUCAAAGACGUUCAAGGACUUCAUCACUCAACAGAAGUCUUGGCCUAUAAGUUUAUGACUGCCAAUGAAAGCGAAAAGUGUUUGAACUUUGUAAACAAAUAUUUAGAACUCAUUCGAGGGGAAGGUUCUAAAGCUGAUCAAAUGAAAGCAUUGUCUUUGCUGACGCCUAGUCAGGGAGAUUUAUAUCAAUUCCUUGAAGGACGAAUUGAGCCUGUUCAAAGUUUGUAUAUGCAAAUGGCAGAUCUGCAAGAGUCCCUUGAUCAUGACUACUACCAAAGAGAAGUUAAUAAACGAAAGAGCAGACUUGGCGCUCGUAUAGAUCAAGUAAUUCGCGAUGUUGAAAAAGAAAUUAUUAAUAAUUCUCCUAUUGAGAACAUCUACAUGGAAAUUAUUAAUUGGUCUCAGGAUGAUGAAAUUCGUCGCUUGACUGAAACAAAACUUCUGUACAUGUAUUUGAAACGACUCUACGCAUCAGAUAGCAAAGAAAAAGCAAUUUGGCGAAAUAAAGUUUGGGAACUGGUGCAAGGUAUGAUUACGUUACAUAUUCCAGAACAGACGGCAUGGACUAUUUAUUUGGAAUGGCAGGAUCAUUCGCAUGUUGAUCAAUUGAAUCCCAUUGAAAUCAAAGAGUUCUGUAAUCUUUUUUCAGAAUCACCUUUAUCGAAAGCGUUGGUCGCAAUUCAAAGUUCUGAUUACUGGAUGGAAACACACUCACCCAAAGAAAAGGAAUCUGAAGAUUCUGCGUCCAAAGGAGAUGAAAUUGAUAAUGAAAAUCAGUCCAAUGGCAAUUUUCUGCCACAAGAUCAAGUAUUAGCCCUAUUAACGCAAGCAUACCAGGAAUGUCCUCACUCCUUGCUGAUUGCUGAAGUGUAUACCCAAUACUGUGUAUAUUUAAAAGAAUAUACUGAUGUAGUCCAGCUUAGUUCAUCAGCAUUGGAUCUGUUGAAAAAAUUGGAGUCUGACACAGGUCUUCAUUAUCAAGAACUGCCAUAUCUUUUCUAUCUAUUCCUAGCUAUUGGAUAUUCUCAUUACGAGGUGCCGAGAUAUUUAUUGCAGGCAGAAGAACUUUAUAAUAGAGUAAUAACCCAUGAACCUGAGAACUAUAGCGCUCUUAUUGGUUUAGCUGAUGUGCAAGUGGAAAAUGAGCAGCAUGAAGAUGCCGCUCAAACUCUAGAGAGGGUGCUUGAAAAAAACCCUCAAGAUCCAUGUUUAUCUCAACUUUCAUGGUGUUACUAUAUGAUGGGAGAUCUUGAUAAAGCCAUAGAGUUAGUUCAAUUUUGCUUACAAAUUUUGCAAGGAAACUUAAAAAAUAAGCCAGCUUUAGCAGAAGCUUACUAUCGUUAUGGUAUUUAUUUGACAGAAAGAAAAGUGGGGAAUUACGAGGAGGAGUCUUUUUCAGCUUUUGUUUCUUCUCUGAGAUGCGAGCCAAACUUUGCUUCCACUUACACUCAAUUAGGAUACUACUAUAAAAAUGUAGAUGAUACUUCUCGCGCUAUGAAAUGUUUUCAAAAAGCUUUCGAAUUAGAAGCAUCACAAACUGAUGCUGCUGAAGAAUUAGCAAAAAUGUUUGCCGAAGUUGAAGAAUGGGAGUUGGUGGAGGUAAUUUCUAAACGUGUACUAAGUACUAGUCAAAACGAUUUAAAGCGCAAAAGAAAGUUCAAUUGGCAUCAUAAGUCUUUGGGUGUAUUUCAAUUGCAUUUUAAGAAUUUUCAUACUGCCAUUGUCCAUUUUCAAGCAGCCUUACGUAUCUUCCCCAAAGACGCACAUUGUUGGAGUGGCCUAGGUGAAGGUUAUGCUCGAUCUGGUCGCUACAUAUCUGCUUUGAAAGCAUUUAACAGAGCCAGUGCUUUAGAUCCAAAUGAUUGGUACACGAAAUACUUUAUUGGCUCUAUUCAAAAAGAUAUGGGAGACUUUGAGAAGGCAAUUGAAACGUUGUCAUUAGUAUUACAGGAGCGUCCCUCUGAGUUAUGUAUACUGGUAUGUUUAGCCGAAUCCAGCCUACGACUUUCAAAAUAUUAUAUCCGUCACGGUUAUUACCAAAGAUCUGCGUUGGCUUCACAAAAGACAAUUGAUAUUUGCUGCAUGAUUUUGAAUAUGGAUUCAAAUACAUAUUCUGCCUGGAAAAUGCUUGGGGAUGCGUGUAUGGUAUAUUCGCAAUUAGGAAAGUACCAGGUUGACUUCCCUGUAAGCAGUGUUUCAGAUUUACUAUUAUCCACGGAAUCAAUGAACCUUGCAAACAAUGGUCGACAGAUUGAUAGCAUGAUUUAUUUUCCUGAUUUAGAGAAAAAUGAUCCUGCUUAUAUGAUUGCUUGUGGAUGUACCUGUUUUACUAUUUUAUUGUCCCUUUCAGCCGAUAAUAAACUUUUGCUAUCGGCUUCUUGGUACAACACGGGUGUUUCCUACUUUACUCUCUUUAAUUUCACCCGAAACAAGUCAUAUCUGGGAGUCGCUAUUGAUUGUCUUAAACAAGCUAUUAAGUUAGAGCCAAAGAAUAAUAAUUUCUGGUGUAUGCUUGGUGUCUUGUUAUCCCAUAGAUCGGCUAUUCGUGCUGCGCAACACUGCUUUAUUCAAGCUUUGCAGAUAAACGAGAGAGACGCUGAUGUGUGGGUAAACUAUGGCGCCCUUUGUUUACAAAUCUUGGAUAUUGAAUGCGCAGAUACCGCCUUUACGCGCGCUAUUUCCAUUGACCCUGACAAUUCGCGCGCAUGGCUUGGAUACGCAUAUUGCUCGAUUUCUACUGGAUACCACGAGAAAACAGUUCAAGCUUUACAGCAUGCAUUUGAAAUCUCCGGCGGUAACGUACGAGACGUAAAUUAUUGGUAUGCAAGCACUAUGCUUACCUUGGCAAACACAGAACAAGAAAUAGAUGUCAUGAAGUUAUGGAACGCUGUGUAUGCUAUUAAACGCUACCUUUCUGAAGUACCUAAUGAUGUCUACGCCAAUUUCAUCAAAAGUAGCCUUUUGGAACAUUUGGGAGAAUCAAAUGACAGUACCGAAACUGCGCAUACCCUUUGUCAAUUACUAGAAAAAGAAUACGAUGUCACUGAAUCGGUUGGUGCACUCGAGAAAUACGUUGAUGCCAAGGGGCAAUUGGCGAGAUUGUGUUUACGUUUGAACAAGUUUGAGGAGUCUUCCGAGCAUGCUUCCGUUGCUUUGGACUUAGUCAAUGAAGAGGAUGAAAACGCCAAGCAAAUUUCGUUAGGAUUGAAUCUUACUUCUGGAUUGGCGGCAUACUUUUUGGGUGAUUUGGAAAAGGCACUACAGCACUUUGAAAAAUCUCUCGAGUUAGGGGAAUCUCACCCGGAUGUUGUGGUCCUCGUUGCGAAGGUACUUUGGGCAUUAGGCAGCGAAUCUGGUAAGCAGGCUGCCAGAGAACAGCUGUUUUCUGUGACAGAACAGUUUCCUGAACAUGUUGACUCGCUUGUAUGCUUGGGUGCCAUUGGUAUAGCUGAUCAGGAUAAUUCUAUGAUUGCGGCAAUUCAGGAGGCCCUGUUGAAUUUAAACAAGGACAAAACCUCAAAUCCGGAAACCUUACGUGUCGUCCAGAGUUUGCUUACGAUGUUAACUACAGCUUGCGAUCCCAAACAAUUACAGGCUCUACUCUUGCAGCAACUUUUUAUAUAUCCCAGUGCAGCAUCCACUUGGUCUUUGCUCAUGCAGCAAAGAUACAGUUCGCCUUCCGUAGCCACGGCUUUUGCUCGCACUCUGUAUACGCAUCCUUCUCAGCCUGAUGAUUUGGCACAGGCAUAUCGACAUCAGAGCACAGUUAGCCAAGCGCAGGCGUCAGUUCAUUUAGUUCCCUGGGAGGCAGAAAACUGGAACUCGUUGGAAAAAACAAUUCAGUCUUCAUAA